CGAACAGGCAAAUUGCUCACAUCUUCAAUACCCCUUCACCAUUUCAACUUCUCCAGCAUGCCUUCCAACCUUUCAUACCUCCAUCCGCCUUGCCUGAUGAGACCAAAUCCUAUGAUGAUGCCGGUCCUGUCCCCUCUGAAAAAUCGGGCCCGAACAAAUGGGCCAUUUUGAUUGGGAUCGAUCACUACGUCAGUACAGAUCGAGGCCCAGAUAUCGACUUCGCCAAUCUCCGGGGCUGCGUCAAUGACGUGCAUCUAAUGGAGGAGUGUCUCCGUGAAUACUGUGCACCCGAUGGAAUCCAUAUAUCCAAGCUAACUGCAUCGACCCGGGACUGUGACAACCCCUUGGAAACACCACCAAACUGGCCAACAUAUGACAGAAUCAUCAAUCUGUUCGAAGAGGUGACCGCCCAGGCUCAACGAGGAGACAUUGUCUACAUCCACUACUCUGGCCACGGCGCUCGAGUCAAGUCUAUCUUUCAAGACCUCAAGACGGACAUCUUCGACGAAGCUCUGGUGCCCCCCGACAUAGGCAAUGGCGGACGAUACCUCCGAGACGUGGAACUAGCCUGUCUCAUCCAGAGGAUGACCGACAAGGGCCUGGUGGUUACAGUGGUAUUUGACUGUUGCCACUCUGGCGGGUUGAGUCGUGGGAGAUUCGAUCGCAACCGAAUAAGAGGCAUCGGGAAAGUGGAUCACACCAUUCUCGAGCGCGAUGUCUCCAGCUUUUCCGAGGACGAGCUCCGUCCUGUUGCGCGGUCUCCGGGCUUCCGGGGGGUGACAGUUCAGAAUAACUGGUUACUGGGGUCUCGCUGCCACGUCUUCCUGGCUGCCUGCCAGUCACAGCAGGUGGCCCUGGAAUAUGACGAUGUGGACGCUUCAACAGGCCUGUUGACUCACUUCCUGAUCCAGUCCAUCCGAAAAGCUUCGAGGCCGCUCACCUACCGCCAAUUGUAUAAUGUCAUGACCCCUCAAAUCGCGGCGUACGCACAGCAAGUGACCCUUGAUGGGCGACAAGAUGUGGUCUUGUCUGGAGAAGCAAACACCCUUUUCUGUUCCACAGAUAGACUGGAGAUCCCUCACGCGUGUGUUGUGAGAGAGUUACUCAAUCCCACCCGAGUCGAGAUCCAGAGUGGCACGGUGCAUGGAGUCGUUCGCGAUAUGGAGUUCGAUGUUUGGCCUCCGGCAUGUACCGAAUUCGUGGACGCGACUCGGGUGGCCCGGCUUAGGGUUAUACGGCCUCACGCAUACACCUCCGAAGCAAGUGUAACAGAGCUCUUCCACCCGGACCAGCUGGCACCAGGCUGCCUGACAGUCCCUGUGACCCUUCUGUCCUUGCAGAGCAAAGUGAGACUCGUCCCCCCCAGCCCUCCCAGUCAAGACGGUUCCGCCGAGACGGCGCUCGAGAAGAUCCGACACAUCUGCGAGUCGACGCCCAACAAAUGGAUCUCCAUCGUAGAACCCCCGGAAGAAGCCUUCUUCCAAGUUCAGGUUCAGCACCAAACCUACCACAUCCUCAAAGGCAACGGAGAUGCACUCGACAACGCCAUCCCCCCCUCAUUAUCCCUCUCAAUCAACAACCCAAACGCCGCCCAAAACCUCUUCACCAUCCUCAAACACCUCGCAAAGUACCACACAGUGCUGAACCUGAAAAGCUCCCGCAACAACGUCACCGCAUCAUGGCUCUCCAUCGCCCUAGAAGACACCCCAUACACCUCCCCCCCUCCGCCCCGCAUGGCAGACAACCUCGCCUUCGCCUGCCAGGAGAACACCGUCCAGGAAUCCGACGGAUCGACCUGCGUCAUGCUGCGCGUGAAAAACGAAUCCCGUCUGACCCUGAACAUCGCCGUCCUGGAUCUCGAUUCCGCCUGGGCCAUCGAGCAGAUAUACCCUGAGACCAACCUAGUCGCGUUGUCCCUGGAGCCAGGAGUCACGCUCGAGCUGCCCCUGAACGUGGAAGGUGUCGGGCGCGACACGCUCAAGGUCUUUGCCACGGAUGAGCCGACCAGCCUGGACUGGCUCCGGAUGUCUGCGCUGGGGUCGAACGAGGAACCGUCGGGGCGAAGAGGAGGAAAUCAGCAGACGCACGCCGGAAGUGUGCUGGGCGAGUUGCAGUCCGCCUUCGUGGAGGAUGGCCCUCAUUCCCGAAAACUUAGGACGAUCGAGCACUUCCGUCGUGGCUGGGUGGUUAAGCAGUGUUAUUUGGAUGUUAACGACGGAGAGGGUGACGAGCGGGAUGGUUCUGAGUGGGAGAUGCCGCCGUAUUAUGGGUCUGAUGCGGGGGGUUCGUAUCUUUCUGUUUCUUCUCGGAUUUAGACACGUUUAUGCAUGGUUGAGGGUCGGUUGUGGGAUUACUUGCUUUUGGGAAGGAUAUGUUGCUAGUAGGGUUGGUAUAUUUCUAUUGAUCUAUUCAUGUAUAAGACUUGACGGGAUUAGUGCAUAGUGG